AUGCUGCAAAAUAUUCCCCUAUCCUUUGUCAAUCACAUUUAUGCACAUGUGUUCCAAGUUUAUUUUUGCUUGGAUUAUUCGUUCUCUGUUGGUUUGGAAUACCGGAAACAAGCGAAUCGAAUUACCUUGGCCACGUUACGUGAAGAUGGUCGCAAUCGCCGGUACACAAUGACCAAGUCAACAAGCAUAAUUUUCAUCCUACUGUUCUCAAUCAUCUUUCGUCUGGAACGUCGGCGCUUCUCCCUCGUCUUCGUCGUCUUGUUGAUCGCGGUCGGCCUGUUCAUGUUCUCCUAUGAGGCCGCUCAAUUCGAUCUGAUCGGAUUCUGUUUGGUCCUGUUCGCCUCGUUUCUGAGCGGAAUCCGAUGGACCACGGCUCAGUUGCUGUCCCAGAAAAAGGAGUGGGUCGAUCAGCUGGUCAAACAGAAGGGCGAGGUAAUGUGGAAAUGGGGGGGCGGGGCGAGUGUGCAGUGUAUGAAUUUGGCUAACCAGCGCGGUACACGCGUGAUUCUGUUCCAUGAAGAGGUCUCAGGAUAA